AUGGAGGGUGGCGCGAGAGCUCCAGUCGAUUCGCAGAAUGCGCCUGCUUUUCUGGAUUUGGAAGAAUUAGACACCUUGCUAAAGUCGUAUCCCAACCUAUCUGCUGAUGAAUGGGCUCGUGUCAAGUCUCACACCGACGAACUAGAGCCCCUCAAGGACCCAGGCAUCGUUCUUUUGGAACACUUCAUGACCCCCAGGUCGGAGAUUGAGCUCACCCUGGAGAAUGCCCACAAGCUCGCCGCCGGAAUUAUAAGGAUAUGGCCAGACCUCCAGCUCCGUAAUAUCGCCCCCGAUAAACUACUACGUCUACGACGUGGGAUUAUCGAUUCGCAAUGUCCAGUGGGGUGGAGCAGGAUGUAUGGAUUUCUGGUACUCGGUUGUGCCUCGUCCCUAGAUAGCCCGGAUUUGGGGCGCUUGGUCAGCAGUCUGUUGAAAACGGUCGAUAGGAUUCAAGGACAAAGCCCCGUCAGAGCACACCGUAUUCUUCCGAGAAUCAACUUGCUCUUGGAGAAGCUUUCCGCCACGAUAUCUAUGUCGACGAAGAUGGAGAAUGACAGCGCCGCCGCGGCUCGAUUGCUCGAGAGCCCCGCCUUAAAUCCGAUCCUCAGGGGGAUACCUAAAUAG